AUGAUGCAAUACGAUUUCGUUGACGGAUCAGCAGAUAUUGAAAAUAUGGUUGAUUUGGAAACGAAAGACAAUAUGCAUUUGUAUCCAACUCAUCAAUUUCCAGACAGUUUCCUUAAAUCUACAACAGCUAAUAGUAAUCUUGUAACAACCAGUGAUGUGUGGCAAUCGACUUCUUCCUCGUCCUCAGUAGCAAUGGUAAAUAACAAUGCCAGCAAUCAAUCUUUUUAUUUCUCACCGUCAUUUGACUUCAACCAUACACCUAAUGCAGUUCAAUAUCAAACUAUCGAGAAUAAUUAUGAUUAUCAACCAUUACCUGACGCUUCGUCAUCUUAUCUCACCGAUCCAUAUUCGAAUAUGUUCACAAAUAAUUAUUCCAUGAAUCCAUAUACAUCUCAAACGUCAUCAUAUAAUGCACCAUCAAUGGAUUAUCCGUCGUCAACAUACAUGUCAACAACAGAUUCCUAUCCAAAUCUUCACUCCAUGUACACGAAUACAACGACGACGGUGCCAUCCGCACCAUCAUAUCGUUCAUUGACUUCGUUAUCAUCAUCCAUUGAUAUUCAACCUGACUAUCAAUCAACAAUGUCACAAUGGGAUUCAGCUAUGAUCAAACUACCUAGUCACGAUGUCACAUCAGUAUCCAACUCCAGCAAUAGUAGUACUAGUGCUAGCAAACAACCGUGUCUCGUAUGUCACGAAGAAUCGUCCGGCUAUCAUUUUGGUGCGUAUACAUGCGAAUCGUGCAAAGCAUUCUAUCGACGAGUUACAAAAGAUCCACGUAUCGAAAUCAAGCACUCGUGUGAAAUUCCACUACCAAAUAUAACAAAAUCCAAUCGAAAAGAUUGUCGAGCAUGUCGAAAAGCUAAAUGCGUUCGCGUUGGAAUGACUGCCAUGCCAAAAGAUCGUGCUCCGCGAGCAACAACAAAGACAUCGAGUAAAGCGCCAUCAAUUCCAAUCACUGAUCUUCUCGAGCAACUAGGACAUGAUCUUAGCUAUGAUCAACUAUCCACAUCAUCAGCAUUGGAGAGUUUACUUCGUUUAAUCGAUCUGCCGUUCAUAGUUCCACUCAAUUUUGAUUAUCAUUCGAUCUACAUGAAUUCGGUUCGUAUAUGGAAAAAUCAAUACAAUCACGCAUCACAAGCAGUUGCGAAUGCAGCAUUAAUUGAUACGUUCCCUGUCUUACUCUUUCUUUUUCAUACAUUUAUAACAAUGACUGAGAACGAUGAAGAUAAAGCAAUGAAUAAUAGUAAAUUCGACAAACUUGUCAAUAUUCUUCAACAAGAAAUUCAACGUAUAACCGGUACGGAUCACCGAUCUGCUUGUCGAAUCAAAGCUUUAUUUAUGAAAUGUUACGUUGCGCUCGCUCAAUAUUCUAAUAGUACAAAUCUCUCUGAUAAUAAUCAACUCUCUCAAUCCCAAUUUAUGUCUUAUCCACAAUAUCCUGUUUACGGUCAAUGA